AGCGCGCGGACUUCUGAUGCUGCGCGAGACUGGCGAAGAACAGUGAACACGAAACAGUACGAGUCGUGGGGAAAAGUUAGUUUUCUACUCUCAUACGUUACUAAAUUGUGGCUUAACGAAAGAGGAAUGGAUAUGAGGACGUCCUGGCUCUGUUUAAUCAAUAUAAUUCUUCUCACAGGUUCAGCCUGUGGGCUGCAGAUCACCUCCACUGGUUCAACAUCAAUUGAGAAAGCUAGCGGGGAGAGCUUAAAGUUGGACUGUGAGUUUACUCUUGCUACUGAGGAUUCUGGGCCUCUGGACAUUGAGUGGAGCCUGCAACCCUCUGACAACCAGAAAGAAGAGAAAGUGGUAAUCAUUUACUCAGGUGACAGAGCCUUUGAACACUACUAUGACCCUCUUAAAGGGAGAGUCCACUUCAACUCUCCUGACCCUAAAAAUGGCGAUGCCUCCAUGAACAUAAUGGGACUGAAGGCCACAGACACUGGCACCUAUCAGUGCAAGGUGAAGAAGGUUCCUGGCAUUGCCACCAGGAAGUUCCUACUUACUGUCAUGGUGCGCCCCUCUAAACCCAGAUGUUAUGCGGAGGGUCCAACUCAGAUGGGAAAGGAUAUGAUGUUGAGGUGUACCUCUGUAGAGGGCACACAACCCCUGAAGUAUAUCUGGGAGAAAACAACUGGCAAUAAAUUACUGCCAGCCACAGCAGUGCUCGAUCCAGUUGGGGGCACCAUGAGUCUACGGAACGCCACAGAUGCGGCUUCUGGAACAUAUCGUUGCAUGGCUCAAAACAGAGUUGGAACAGAGGAGUGUAUGGUGGAGGUCAAUGUCACACCAUCCCCAAACACUGCUGGUAUCAUUGCGGGCUCAGUGAUCGGUGUUUUGCUGGCUCUCAUACUCAUCGCUCUCAUCCUCAUCUGCUGCUGCCGUGCCCGCCACAAGAAGAAAUACGAGAAGGAGAUUGCCUAUGAGAUCAGAGAGGAUGUUCCCCCUCCAAAAAGCCGUGUGUCUACUGCACGCAGCUUCACCAGUGUGGGUAGCCAACGCUCUUCUCUGGGCUCCAUGUCUCCCUCCAACCUGCACGAGUACGCCAAGCCCCAGUAUGACAAGAUACCCUCUGAAGAAUUCGAGAGGCCCCCUAGUCACGUCCCUCUUCCCCCGCCCAGCAGAAUGGCAGGCCGCAACCUCAGUCGCAUGGGAGCCAUUCCUGUCAUGAUCCCUGCCCAGAACAGGGAUGGGUCCAUUGUGUAGAGCUGAACGGGGAUCUGUCUUAGCACUGCCUUUUUGACUGUCACUAUUCUAUUAAUUAUUCUAUGGGAAUUUGUGAAGGAGCAAAUGAAGGGUUUCUACAGGCUCAGAGAGAUUGAAGUGUUGUGCCGAACUCAGCUGUACCAUCUGUGAUAUAAUACAAUUUGACUUCCAGAACCUUGACAAACAUUAAAAAAAUAAAUCUUUUUUUAAAUGUAUUCAAAAGAGACAACUUUUUUGUACAUCAACAUCUGUUUUGUAAAUAAUGCGCUGCAUGAGGUUUUCUUCUUUUUUUUCUUUUUUUUUUGAUAUAGGAGGCCCAAUCUUAUAGGUGGCAACAUUAAUCCAUUUAUUACGACUCUUAUCUCUUUGCUACAAAAGCCAGACUAAGAGUUUCAAAUGUCUGCAGAAACAUGUGGGUUGGCUUGGUUUAUGGAUGCGUUUUUAAAAGGCCAACAGGAUUUAAAUUGAAGAUUAUUUACAUGUGUAUAAAAGAAUGUUUACUUUCUGGUAAUCAAUUUAUCUGAAAAUUAGCUAAUGAUAUGAUUAUUAACCUGCUUUGCAUUUUAUUGACCAUUUUAAACCCCACAUGUGGGCAUCAGAGGGAUUCGUGUAUAAAUUUCUGAUUGGCUGUUUCAUUGCCCUUAGAUGGCUUGUGACCCCAAACUACCGUCCUUUGGUUCGGUGGUAAAAUAAGGUUGAUUGUGAAAUCAGACUUGGGUAAAUUGAAGGCCAAAAGAAUCACAGUCCUCCCCACCACUGCCCAGCCAAGACAGAAAAGCUGAUCUCAGAUGUCUCUGAUUAAUGAGUUGCACAGACUUUAAAGAGAGAUCCUAAUCCUAAACCUGCGUUUGGUUUGGCUGUCAACUCAUCCCAUCUUAAUUGAUGAUGCUUUAAAAUCUAAUUGUCCGUUUGAAGUGUUUGUUUGUCCUGUUCCUGGUGCCCCCAACACUACACAUUUUGGAAAUCACCCACUUGAUUCAGCUCAUCAGCUCAUUAAUGGAGUCUCAAAGACCUGAAUUGGGUAUGUCAGAUAAGGGAGAUAUACAAAAUGUGAUGUGUUGGGGGGACUCAAUAGACAGGGUUGAGAACCACUGUGUUAGAUGAAGGACAUGCAACAUACUGAAGGGUUGGUUAACAUCACUUUAAUUUAAACCAAUGAUGGAGAUUGAUUUAAACUGAAGGUCAUAUGUUUCUAAUAGACUAUUUUGAAUAUUAUGAAUAGUACUUAAGUUAGUUUUUGAAGUAUUUCUGAAGUAAUUAACCACCGUAGAUCACCAUAUUCACCAUAAUGACUGCAAUGGCCACCUUUCAAGAAAAACAUUACUAAUCUUUAUGGUUUGUGUUUUUAUGGUUUGGAUUAUAUUUUACCCUGUGCAGGGCCACCCCAAUAUUCACUAUAUGUGCCUUUUUUUUUUAUCUUUGCAUGAUAUGAACUGGUAGAACACAAUAUUUUGGUCCACAUCAUCAGUGUAAGUUUUGGAGAUGAGAAGUUAAAAAUGACAUGACAUAUAUUGCAUACUACGAAGUGAUCAUCAGUUAAAGCAUUAUUGAUUAGUGCCGAGUUGUAAUAAUUGCUUAUGAACGAUUUAAACUUAUUUGAUAUUGUUUGCCGAUACUGGCAUCAAAUAUUCUUUAAAUAUAGUAUGUUAUUAAUAGAUAUAUAAUGAACUAUUUUAACCUCAAAGAUGCUGUUUCUGUCAUGUUUCCAGUACUCAUGGGAGGAUGUGUGUACACUGAGAGCUAUCCACUGUCUCUAUAAAUACUGUUAAUUCAUUAUGUUGUACGUAAAUAGCAGCCUUUUAAUGAUAUGCUUUUUUCUGACCAGCGUUCCUGUUGAAUGUGUAAAUAUAUUUACAGAUUGAUUGGAUGUGUCUUUACGGCUGUAAUGUGUAAUAUGUUUGCACUUGGGUAGAACUGCAAAUGUGGUGAAGGACGAGAUGAUGGUUUGUCGAAUUCACCAUCUGGAUAAGGUAUUAUUAUACAUGUGCUGUUGCUCCUAUGUUAUCAUAACCUGAAAGCACACACUCAUGUUUUCCAUGGGCUUUUAUUUAAGAUUCUAAGAAUAGGGGUGUUGUCACAGGAUCAGUUAAGCUUGUUUGAACAUGGUGACUAAUGUCAGCGCAAAGUGGAAAUCUGAUCCUUGAUCAGCAAAUCUUUACUACUAGCAAUGUGAAUCUAUUUCCUUGAACUGAAUCAUCUGUUUUCUGUUUGGAUGGGGCCCAUUUGGUAUUUCAUGACAGGUUAGGCUGAUUCUCUGUACAGUGCCAUUGAAAGAUAUAGUAUGUAACUUUAACUAUCCUUACUAAUAAGAAACAACCAAUGAUAUUAACUGUAGCUGUUAUCUUGUAAAUUGUGUACUAAUAUUACAUAACUUUGUUUCCCUAAUGUUUGGUUUGCACAAUAUGUAAAAACCUUUAUUUUUGUGUGCUUGUUGUGAUGUAUUUUUAAAUAAAAAGGAAACUACUAUC